GCCUCCUGUUUUGAAUGAAAAUCUUCCUUAGGAAAGGUGUAAUGAAAAUUCUCUUAUUAUUAAAUUUUAUCGUGUUAAUAUUUAAUUAAUAUUAAUUAUUUUUACUCUCUACUGUGUUCAGUUUUCUGUGCGGUUAUAAUUUUAUAGGUAUUCUGUACCAAUAAUUGUUUUUACUGAGUUAGUAUUACUUGGUCUUUUAUCAUGUAAACAGAAAAACUAGCAUAACACGAAUAACAAUUCCUUGAAAAUUGUUAAUUAUUGUUUGAAAAAUCCGUAAUAACUCAGCAACCCUCAUGAUUUCUACCCCAAGUAUAUCAUAUCCCUGGGAUGAACUCCGACAAACCGUUGUUUCGGCGAACUUAUCAUCGUAGGCCUAAAAUUAUAUAAUCCAACAGUUUAUUCAACAUGAAGUUGAUAUACGAAGCAGUAAGAUAUUGACCAUUGAUAACCGAUCAUUCUACAUGGGUGAUUCCGAAAUGGAACCUUGGACUCGUCAACUACUCUCAAUAAUCGUAUCGCAAAUAUGCAAAACAAUAGGAUGGCACAGUAUAUCGACGACAUCUUUACAAAUCUUAGUAGACGUACUACACCGUUAUUUGAAACGACUAGGUACCAACAUUCACGGAUACGCGGAACAUUUCAAUCACACGCAUCCUGCUUUAGAAGAGAUAAAUUUAGCAUUUUCCGAGAUGGGUAUCAACGUAGAAGAUUUAAAAGAAUACGCCGAUUACGUGUCGUCGAUUCCGCUCAAACUCAAAGUACCAAAGUAUCCGUUAGAAAAGAAAUCUAAUUUAAAUUUCUUAAAACCAGGUAGCCGAGAGGUGGUCACUAGGCCGGUGCAUAUACACGAGCAUUUACCAGCCAUGUAUCCAGAACUGUUAGAAGAAAGUUACGGUAGUUUGGAAACCGCGACUGAUGAUACGUUACCAAAUCUUAGUCUGGAUGCGUCUAGUUCGAGCUUGUUUAAAAAGCCUGAAAAUGAUAUUAUAAAUAAUAAAAGAAUAACGCAGCUAAUAUCCGAAGAGAUGGGAAGACCAUUGCGUGAGUUGAGUUGCGUUAUGAUGACCACCCAUGGUUUCUUAUCACCGGCCAGAGAAGGUAAAGUGGCUGAAGCUCGAGUACCCAAGUUGAGCAACUACACGAACGCUAAUCCAAUUCAACCCUCAUCUUAUCCUACCGUACCGCCGGAAGUUAAAGGUGAUAACAAGAAAGCAAGUCAUCCGGUGAAAACGGUGAAUAACGUGAAAGCAGAUCGUAAAACACGCGACGAAGUUCAUCAGAAUGGUAAAGAAGAUUUCGACGAUAGUAAAAUUAAAAAAUUGACCACUCAUAAAGAAGUAUCUAAAUUGAAAGCGUUCAAAUCGUUCCACAAUAAAAAUACCGAUAACGAUUCCUCGAAAGUAAACAGACCAGAGAAAAUCAAAACACCAGCGCCAGCUAGUAGUCCUAAAGAGCCUAAAAUUCCUAAACCUAAAAUAGAAAAAAUACCGGAGAAAAUUCCCGAACCGGAAAUCAUCGUUGAAAAAAAACUAACCACCGAACCGAACAAACAAAAGCUCAAUAUAUUUAAACGGAUCACGAAAGUGAAAGAAGAGCGAGCCGAAUCACCUGUACCAAAACCUAGUAACAAGGGAGCUGACAUAAAUGCUCAAUACUUCGAAUGCAUCGAAGCGGUAGUGAGACGUACUCGCGAAAAAGACGAAGUCGAGAAAAUCAAUCAUAAAGAAGAAAAACUCAAGUCGGUAGUUUUUGAAGAACCGCCUCCUCCGGUGACUCCUACACUCAACAAGCAUCUUAAACGUAAAAAGAAAGCAAAACACGAAGUUCCAGCCAAAAAGUUCAAAGAAAUUAAGCAAGAACCUGAAGAAAUAGUCGAUAAACACAAACCCAAGAUGCUAGAAAUCGAAUCCGAAGUACCGUUUUAUUCGAUGAUGAACGAUAUCCAUAAAACUCUACCACCUUCGUUAACUCAUAAUCCUCUUAUACCAAAAUUCCCUCCAAAUCCAUUUUUACCACCCGGUUUUGGUCGAAUGGAGAAUAACGGUCCGCAUCCCGAAUGGCCAAAUUCGCCACUACCGCCAGCAGCCUUAAUGCAAGCGAAUGUUGAUAAUAAAAUUAAACCUAUUACUAAAAGCAUCGCCAUCGUCGAACCAACACUCAGAUUAGAAAACGAUGCUGCCACCUCGGUUGAUAAAAAAUUGAAGAAGAAAAUGAAAAAAGAUAAACGUGAAAAAGAUAAAAAGAAAAUCAAGAAGGAUAAGUUGAAGAAUAAAGAAAAAUUAGACAAGAAGAAAGAUAAAGUACUGAAAAAGAUCAAAGUUAAAAAUAAGAACAAAAUUAGAAAAGAAAAGAAACUGAAUUUGGAAAAAGAAGAAAUUCCUGUUGUUGCUGAAGAUCCGUCCGUUCCUAAGCUGAAAUUGAAAUUAGGCAAUGCGAAUUCGCCUCAAUUAUCGCCGAGUGGUAUUCAAUCGCCGAAAAUAGUCAUUAAACCGAUAGUCAAGCACGAUGAGCUACCAAAAAGUCCGGUUCGUGUGGAACGCGAUCCUUCGCCGGAACUAGCCAAAAUAUCGGCUCUGACGAGUAAACCGAAUAAACAAAAACAAUCCAAGAAUACUUCCGAAACGCCUAGUACCAGUUUCUCCAAACCUGUGGAACCUAUAACAAUUUCCAAGAACGAUAAGAGCUUCGGUAACGCUAAAAUUAAACUGAAAAAUAAAGAUAAGCAGAAAAACAAGAAAUCCGAAGAAAAAGUCAAAAAACCGGCAGCGUUUUACUACGACGACGAUGGCAAUCAAGUUUGGGUCUGUCCUGCUUGCGGUGCUCAAGAUGACGGUAGUCCGAUGAUCGGCUGCGAUGGCUGUGACGCUUGGUACCAUUGGGUUUGCGUUGGUAUCAAAUCAGCUCCCGAUUCAGCUAAAUGGUUUUGCACUUCGUGUGCGAAGUCGUAAUGUACAUUACAUUUUUAAUUUACCUAGUUUGCCUUAUGAAUCAGGUAUUUCAUCAUAGCAUUUAAACUCAGCGAGUUUACCUGAGGCACGAUUUUCUCAAAUUAAUAUCUGCAGAUAUUUUAGUCAGAAUGAUUGUUUAAUUGUACCAUAUUUUAUGUAUUUUUAAUCACACUUGUUACGAAUUUGUACGUUUAAUUUUAAUUUCUUGUUGUAUAUUUUUCGUUCAUGUGAACCAUGAUUUUUGUAAAUUGAUUUUAAAACAUUUUUACCAUUCUUUUUAAAUUUCAUUGUAGAAGUUUUUAGCAUUUUUUUCCUUUCAUUUUAAUUGUACGAUUUUGUUUUUAAGUUGAAUUUUUAUUUUGUAUUCUAAAUAUUUUUCUUUUCUUUUUAAACGUCGAACUUUGCGCUGUUCAGGGCAACGCCACUUCAAUAUCAGAAUUAUAUACGUGUUUAUAUGUUCA